UGAGCCAAGAUCACACCACUGCACUCCAGCCUAGGUGGCAGUGCAAGACUCCAUCUCAAAACAAAAACAAAAGACUCUAACUGUAAGCAAAAAGGCAUUUUCUUGUGUAGCUGAGAAGUGGGGGGUUGAAGGAAACUAAGCUUCAAGACCUAAAUGAUGUUGCCAAGCUUCUCUUCCUCUCCCUCUUCUUCUUUCACCCGCUCCCUGUGAUGCACAGUGAUAUCCUUGUGCCUGUAUCUAGUUAUUUCUCUAGGAUAGAUUUUAGGAAAGACUCUGUCAUGUUUCAGAGCUACUACAAACAGCUCCAGGCUUAUAUCAAACUUGCCUGAUUAUAAUGGAUAAAAUGAGAGCUUUUCUGUCCUAGCAACCGAGUGUAAAUUCCACAAAAGGGCCCUGAUUGGCCCUUCUUCGAUCAUGUGUCCACUUCUCAGACCAAUCAUUGGUUAGAGGGGGAGUAGAGUACCAUGAUUGGCCAGGUCUUUGUCACUUGCCUACCCAAUAGUGGUUCUUUGACUUAAAGGCCCUUGAACCAUGUAGAAUCGAGGAAGGGCUGUUCUCCAAAGGAAGAUGGAUACUAUCCUCAGAAAAGAAAAUCCAGGGCCUGAAAACCCAGAAUGAACUUGUGUCCAUCCCAGAGAUCACUGCAGGUAUCAUGAGGUACCCUUUGUGUCAUCAGCUCAAGCAGUCCCCUGACCACUUUAUCAUCUGUGGUGGUCCUGUGCCGUGACUAGGAGGAAAAAUUAGCUCUUUGAAGAUAAAGUAGUUCUCUGUUGCAAUUUAAGGCACUGGCCUCUUAAAUUGUUGCAGGUUGGGAAUGGAUGAGAAUAUUUGUUUUGGGUGAUCAGAACUGAGACCCCCAUUGUGGAUUAGUAACAUGCCUCCUCCUAGAACAAGAGAGGGCAGGGAUCGCCGAGACCACCACUGGGCUCCCAGCAAGGAAGAGGCCUUGGAGAAAUGGGACUGGAAUUGUCCAGAGACACGUCGCCUCUUGGAAGAUGCCUUCUUCCGUGAGGAGGAUUACAUCCGUCAGGGUUCUGAGGAAUGUCAGAAGUUUUGGACCUUCUUUGAGCGCCUGCAGAGAUUCCAGAAUCUCAAGACCUCCAGGAAGGAGGAGAAAGACCCUGGACAGCCCAAGCACAGCAUCCCAGCGCUGGCCGACCUACCUCGCGCUUAUGACCCACGUUACCGCAUCAACCUCUCUGUUCUUGGCCCUGACACACGGGGCUCUCAGGGGCUGGGCAGGCACUUGCCUGCGGAGAGAGUGUCUGAGUUCCGCCGGGCCCUGUUGCACUAUCUGGACUUUGGCCAGAAGCAGGCAUUUGGGCGUCUGGCCAAGCUGCAGCGUGAGCGGGCAGCCCUCCCCAUUGCCCAGUAUGGGAACCGCAUCUUGCAGACACUGAAGGAGCACCAGGUGGUGGUAGUGGCCGGUGACACCGGCUGUGGCAAGUCCACUCAGGUGCCCCAGUACCUGCUGACUGCUGGCUUCAGUCACGUGGCGUGUACCCAGCCCCGGCGGAUCGCCUGCAUCUCACUGGCCAAGCGUGUAGGCUUUGAGAGCCUUAGUCAGUAUGGCUCACAGGUCGGCUACCAGAUCCGCUUUGAGAGCACGCGUUCGGCGGCCACCAAGAUUGUGUUCCUGAGUGGGCUGCUUCUGCGACAAAUCCAGCGGGAGCCCAGUCUGCCCCAGUACGAGGUCCUGAUUGUGGAUGAAGUCCAUGAGCGGCAUCUCCACAAUGAUUUCCCUCCUGGGUGUCCUCCCGGCCGCCUGUUCCCAAGCGCGCCUGACCUCAAGGUCAUCCUCAUGUCGGCCACCAUCAACAUCUCGCUCUUCUCCAGCUAUUUCAGCAAGCACCCCGUGGUAACAGGUGCCCGGGAGGCCUGUUCCCCCAUCACAGUCAUGUACCAGCCACAGGAGGCGGAGCCAACCACGUCCAAGUCGGAGAAGCUGGACCCACGCCCUUUCCUGAGGGUACUGGAGUCCAUUGACCACAAGUACCCACCUGAGGAGCGGGGUGACCUCCUCGUCUUCCUCAGCGGCAUGGCAGAGAUCAGCACCGUGCUGGAGGCCGCCCAGACCUAUGCCAGCCACACCCAGCGCUGGGUGGUGCUGCCCCUGCACAGCGCCCUGUCUGUGGCCGACCAGGACAAGGUAUUUGAUGUGGCGCCACCUGGAGUCCGGAAAUGCAUCCUCUCCACCAACAUCGCCGAGACCUCAGUCACCAUUGAUGGGAUCCGCUUUGUAGUAGAUUCUGGGAAGGUGAAGGAGAUGAGCUACGACCCGCAGGCCAAGCUGCAGCGGCUGCAGGAGUUCUGGAUCAGCCAGGCCAGCGCAGAGCAGCGGAAGGGCCGGGCAGGCCGCACGGGUCCCGGCGUCUGCUUCCGCCUCUACGCCGAAUCGGACUAUGAUGCCUUCGCCCCCUACCCGGUCCCGGAAAUUCGGAGGGUGGCCCUGGACUCGUUGGUGCUGCAGAUGAAGAGCAUGAGCGUGGGGGACCCCCGAACCUUCCCCUUCAUCGAGCCCCCACCACCAGCCAGCCUGGAGACCGCCAUCCUCUACCUCCGGGACCAGGGGGCCCUGGACAGCUCAGAGGCCCUCACGCCCAUUGGGUCCCUGCUGGCCCAGCUGCCUGUGGACGUUGUGAUUGGGAAGAUGCUGAUCCUGGGCUCCAUGUUCAGCCUGGUGGAGCCUGUGCUCACCAUCGCGGCUGCGCUCAGCGUCCAGUCGCCCUUCACCCGCAGCGCCCAGAGCAGCCCAGAGUGCGCGGCAGCACGGCGGCCGCUGGAGAGCGACCAGGGUGACCCCUUCACACUCUUCAACGUCUUCAACGCCUGGGUGCAGGUAAAAUCUGAACGAAGCAGAAACUCUCGCAAGUGGUGCCGCCGCCGGGGCAUAGAGGAGCAUCGGCUGUACGAGAUGGCCAACCUUCGGCGCCAGUUCAAGGAGCUGUUGGAGGACCACGGGCUGAUGACUGGGGCCCAGGCCACGCAGGUGGCGGACAGCUACAGUCGGCUGCAGCAGCGCCGGGAGCGCCGGGCCCUGCACCAGCUGAAACGCCAGCACGAGGAGGGCGCGGGGCGCAGGCGCAAGGUGCUGCGGCUGCAGGAGGAGCAGGACGGCGGCUCCAGCGAGGAGGACCGGGCUGGCCCAGACCCCCCAGGGGCUGGCGAUGGCGUGGACAUCCAGGAUGUGAAGUUCAAGCUCCGACAUGACCUGGCGCAGCUGCAGGCCGCUGCCAGCUCAGCCCAGGACCUGAGCCGCGAGCAGCUGGCUCUGCUGAAGCUGGUGCUGGGCCGGGGCCUGUACCCACAGCUGGCUGUCCCCGACGCCUUCAACAGCAGCCGAAAGGACUCAGACCAGAUUUUCCACACACAGGCCAAGCAGGGCGCCGUGCUGCACCCCACCUGCGUCUUUGCUGGCAGCCCCGAGGUGCUGCAUGCACAGGAGCCAGAGGCCAGCAGCUGCGAUGGAAGCCGAGACGACAAGGACAAGAUGAGCAGCAAACACCAGCUCCUCAGCUUCGUGUCCCUGCUGGAGACCAACAAGCCAUACCUGGUGAACUGCGUCCGCAUCCCUGCCCUCCAGUCCCUCCUGCUUUUUAGCCGGUCCUUGGACACCAACGGUGACUGCUCCCGCCUGGUGGCCGAUGGCUGGCUGGAGCUGCAGCUGGCAGACAGUGAAAGUGCUGUCCGGCUCCUGGCGGCUUCCCUGCGGCUCCGUGCCCGCUGGGAAGGUGCCCUGGACCGGCAGCUGGCGCAUCAGGCCCAGCGGCGGCUGGAAGAGGAGGAGCAGGAUGUGCCAGUCAGCCCCAAGGAGGUGGCCACCCUGAGCAAGGAACUCCUGCAGUUCACGGCAUCCAAGAUUCCUUACAGCCUCCGGCGGCUCACGGGGCUAGAAGCCCAGAACCUGUAUGUGGGACCCCAGACCAUCCCAGCCACCCCCCAUCUUCCUGGCCUCUUUGGCAGCUCCACCCUGUCCCCCCACCCCACAAAGGGGGGCUAUGCAGUCACCGACUUCCUCACCUACAACUGCCUCACGAGUGACACGGACCUGUACAGUGACUGUCUCCGAACCUUCUGGACCUGCCCCCACUGUGGCCUGCAUGCGCCCCUCACGCCCCUGGAGCGCAUCGCCCACGAGAACAGCUGCCCUCAGGCCCCCCAGGAUGGGCCCCCAGGGGCUGAGGAAGCUGCCCCCGAGACCCUCCAGAAGACGUCUGUCCUGCAGAGGCCCUUCCACUGUGAGGCCUGCGGGAGGGACUUCCUGUUCACACCCACAGAGGUGCUGCGCCACCGGAAGCAACACGUGUGAGCCGGGCCAGGAGCCCUGCCCAGCUCCCUGCAGCCUACCUGCCCUCCAGCCCAGGACUAGGGGCAGGACCCCCAGCCUGGGUUUAGCCCUGUGGUCCUGUCCCAGUGCGGAGGGGCUGGAGCGUCGAUUGUGAAUAAAGCCUCACAUGCUGACACACACUGUUAAGCCUGCACCUACCCAUCCAAAAACCAGCAGCUGCUCCGUUAGUCCUCCCCAGGGUCUAGCUUUCCUUCUUCCUGCUGCAGGGUGCUGCCUGAGGCGUCCUGGGUAGGAGGGGCAUUAGAGCCAGCAGGGACCUCCCAUGUCUCCUGGUUCCAGGUGCAGGUUCUUAGCACCUCCGCAGCCACUCUCUCGAGUCCAUCCUCAGUCUCUGCUUCCCCUUGAAGUAGGGGGACCCUGAAUUUGCCCGUCCACCUGGGUCACUUUGAGAGUUGUGCAGGGGGCUGGGGGCACUGGUGUUCACGUAGGACUACAGGCUGCACCAUAAGACCCAUUCCCAAUAAAAAAGAAAAGAACAGGCCGA